AUGCUUUCGCCUGCCAUUAAUCAGCUGAAAGCAACGACUGCAACGGCAUCGUCCAACUGCAGGCAGCAACCGCUUUCAGUGGCUGCACAGAGCAAUUUGAGCGGAAAUCUGGUCUUUUGGACAAACAGUGGGCGCAAUCCAACACCACAGCAAGUACAAAAUCUGUUCAAUACCGCGAGCCAAUUCCUUCAACAGUACUGCUGA